UGUUGACUGGGAAGCCCCUAGCGCGGAGCUGCCAACGCCCGGCGUAGAGACACAAAUAGAGGAUACGAUCUUGAAUGAGUAGAGUGAAGACUGUAAAACACAGCUAUGCAGACCAUCAAGUGUGUUGUAGUUGGGGACGGUGCUGUGGGUAAAACCUGCCUGCUCAUCUCUUACACCACAAACAAGUUUCCUUCUGAAUAUGUACCUACGGUGUUUGAUAAUUAUGCUGUAACUGUAAUGAUUGGAGGCGAGCCCUACACUCUGGGUUUGUUUGAUACAGCAGGUCAGGAAGACUACGACAGGUUACGACCUCUGAGUUAUCCCCAGACAGAUGUCUUCCUCGUCUGUUUCUCCGUCGUGUCCCCGUCCUCCUUUGAAAACGUCAAAGAAAAGUGGGUUCCAGAGAUUACCCACCACUGUCCAAAGACCCCCUUCCUGCUAGUUGGGACUCAGAUUGACUUGCGGGAUGACCCCUCCACUAUAGAGAAGCUGGCCAAGAACAAGCAGAAGCCCAUCACUCCGGAGACAGCCGAGAAGCUGGCGAGAGACCUCAAGGCUGUGAAAUAUGUGGAGUGCUCAGCCCUCACGCAGAAAGGCCUAAAGAAUGUGUUUGAUGAGGCGAUAUUGGCUGCAUUGGAGCCCCCAGAGCCCAAGAAGAAACGUAAAUGUGUGCUGCUAUGAGAAGCUCCUACCUUUUCAAAACACACACAUAACACAUGCAUACAUCUUAAAUACAUACCCACACUCACACGCACACACACACACACGACACACACACACACCCCCUCCCCUGCCUCCACACCCCUUUCCUUGCUCUGCUAAGGUUGGUUGACAGCAUUGGCCUCCACAGAGAAGACUAGAAAGAAAACAGCCUCCAAAGCUUCAGAUAAUUCUCUGCAAUAAUAAGAAGCUUCAGCCCUGAGUCUGAGUGUGGGACAGAAGAUCAACCUAACCCCAGCCAACAGGCUGCUGUGGGCUCCGGGCAGGGUGGCAUAGCCUCAAGACCGGGGGUCCAGACACCAAGCUUAAACACAAGUCAAAUUCAUUUCUGUCGAGCUUUUGAUAGAUUUUCAGUCAGUGUUGUGGCCUAAUUAACUUUUUAGAUGCCCAGCCAUUUAGAUGUCCUCAGCCAAUGUAAAGGUUUCACAGAUAAAAGCCCCGCCCCCAGCCCCUCCCAGCUGCCUGAUUGGCGGCUGCUCAUGCUGCUGGUCCCGUCCCCUCUGUUUGACGAGCAUCAGCCGACCCCCCUACGUUCCUUCUCAGCACUACCGGAAGAAAUGCUAACAGAGUAGUGUUUUGUUUCUGUUUGCCAACACCCCCUUUUUUCUUCUCAAACACAAGUCUGAGAUAUUUAUUCCAUGUUCCAGAUAGGUGCACUCUUAACCACUAAGGAGAACUGUAUAGGGCUCGGUAAUUCACAGCAAUACGGCUAAAACUCCACACAGCUCUCGUUGAGGAAGUUCAUGAGUAAAUAUUGCCAUCUAGUAUCCAGUCCUCGUAGUGUGGGCUUUGCCAGUGCAGUCCUUUUGGAGUGUGGUAAUCACUUGAAGAGCUAAAGGCAUCCCGUAGUAAUGGGUCCACACGUCGACCGCAAGGAAUUGGCCUUUUAGAUGCAGGGAACUUAAACAGUGUUAGCAGAACAAGCGGUGUGUUCUUUUUGCCGGGGAUCAAGGGAGGGUAAAGCAGGAUUCUGUUUUAACAUGGUCACCACCCGACACUUUGAACGGGUACAGCAGAGCAGCCAGAUCUGGAGACCAGUACUUAAGACAAUGGAUCAGUGAACAUGAACUUCCACCACAAUUCUGUGCCAGGUCAGAAUGUGGUGCAUAUGUGUUGGGCUGUGCGGUCUGUUGUAGCCGUUCAAAGUGUGCGGUGCUGCAUGUAGCUGAGCCUCGGUCUCCGUUCUAAAUGAUAGGUUUAACAGAUGUAAUUAUAAUGUAAGCUGGCACACAAUGUUGAUGUAGGCUCCAGGUGUUUUUACCAAAAUACUUUUUUUCUUCAUUUCUGUUUGUGCUGUUUUUUUUAUUUUAUAUAUAUAAAUAUAUAUAAAAAAAAGGUUACUUUCACUCCUUUUACAUUUAGGGGUCUGAACUCAUCUGAACUCUUACCUGCCAGGUUAUACCAAGAAAAGCUCUGAUUGGUUUAGUUGAAUAAAAACCUCCAAUGGCAGAGAGACUGUUUGGUUAAGAUUAUUUGUGAUUGGUUGGUUCUUGUUUUUCUUUACUGGUGGCUUAGAGUUGGGUUGAUUUCCAGCCCAAGUCAGUAUAAUUAUUAUAACCUGUUGUUGUUUUGGUGCAAAACCAAAUGCUCUGUCUAAAGUCUUUGUUCUUUGUAUAUGCAUUCUUUUAAAAAAUAUUAAACUUAAACCUUAAUUGCCUUUA